AUGAGUAGCUACUACUCCGACGACGAGGAUCUGAACAUACAUGUAUCAAGAAGGCGCGCUUCCCCGCCUUACAAUUAUGUCGAACCGCCUCGGCACCGCCCAGUGAGCUACUUUCCCACAGAGCAGCGGCCUCAAUCCUAUCUUGUACCGGAGCGCACUGUCAUUAGGACCCGCUCUCGCUCGCGCGAGCGCUUCCGACGUCCCAGCCCGCCGAACUCCCCGCCGGCGCCAGCCCCCGCGCCAGCUCCCGUUAUUAUUAACAACCGCAUUUACAAUGAGCACUCGGAUUCCGAGGAUGAUCGGCGCGGACUCCAAGUCAUGCCAGCCCGCCAUCGGGACCACUCCCGCUCCCGUUCGCGAUCCGGGUCCGGUUACAUGACCCGAGAGGAGUUUGAAAUGGAGCAGACACGACGAGAGCUGGAAGAGAUGCGGCUUCACCAAGCUCGUGAUAAGGAGGAGCGACGAGCUCAGAAAGAAUUCCGCGAGGAGGCUGAGCUGCAGCGUGCCAAGCGCGAACUUGACACCAUUCGUGCGCGGGAACAGCAGGCCAAGGAAGAAGCACGCAUUAAAAAAGAAUUCGAGCUGCAACGUUUGCGUGAGGAAGAGCGGGAAGCCGAGGAAAAGGAGAAGCUCGAAAAACAGGCCAAGGAGGCUGUUGCAAAGUACAAGCAGAAGGAGCUGGAACGAAUCGCGCAAGAGCAGAAGGAGAAGGACGCGCGCGAAAAGGAAUACAAGCGACGUCUCCAAGAGGACCUCAUCAAUUCAGGUGUCGACGAGAAGCAUAUUGCUGCCAUCCUAAAGAAGGAGAAGGUUCCAGAGAAGGUCAAGGCGCCAGCAGCACUCCCUCAGGUACCCUUUGUGCCAGUCGGCAAUGCGGUAGCGCGCCCAACCUACACACGCAUGGCCCGUAGGCACCUGUCCAUCGAAACAUUACGGACUUACCGUAUCGAGUAUGAAGUGGAUCAGGAUCCCGAUUACGUCCUCAUCAGACGUUGGGUACCAGAAUGGGAACAGGACACCCUUUGGAAGCAUACCAGAGAUGUCCGCGAGAAGAGGUCAGGUCGGCUCUUGUUGGAUGUCGGAGAUGGGGACAAGAGGCGAGAUCGCGAUGACCCAAAGUUUGAGUGGGUGAGGAAGAAGGGGGGAGACCGUAAGCGUAGCAAGUCGCCUGCGCUCCUGAUGUACCUGGCCGGUGCUCGACCGGCCUGA